GAUAAACUUAUUAAAUAGGUAAAAUACUAUGGCUCCGCCUUCGAUUCAGCAGUGUGGGCUUCCAGUCGCAAUUGUUGGAAGUGGAAGCGGGGGAAGAGCUCCUGCAGUCGAACAGUUUUUGCACAGAGUAUUUUCUCCGCCACCAAGUUUCAGUUACCAUUGUGAUUCCUCAGCAGAAAAUGUGUCGAAAAAGCGACUGACUCUGGAAACUCUAGAGGGCUUUAUCGAAAAAAGUUUGAAGCAAAAUAAUACUCAAUUGGAAAAUGAACAGAAUGAGCACAUAUCUGAAGAAGAUAACGAGGGUCGUGUUUUCGGAAACAGUGAUGCCUACGUACUUCUGGACCGAAAACUCACUCAUGGAAACUUCUUCUUCGAGCACGACCAACUUGGAGUGACUAGUCUGUCAAACUUUUCGACCAUCACUGCCAAUGCAUGUGUUUUCAAGGGCAAAUGGGUCUAUGAAGUGAUGCUGGGAUCGAAAGGUCUCAUGCAAAUCGGAUGGUGCACCACUAAGUGUGUCUUCUCGCCGCAAGAGGGCGUCGGAGACACUCCCAAUUCGUAUGCGUACGACGGCAACAGAACCAGAAAAUGGAACAUGAAUACGCAGAAAUACGGAGAGUCAUGGAGCUCGGGUGAUGUCAUUUCGUGCACGAUUGAUUGUGACGAGGGCCAAAUUGGGUUCUAUAGGAAUGGGAAGUAUCUGGGAGUGGCCUAUGAUAACAUAACACUGGGUCCGGGGUUCGCCUAUCUGCCGGCUAUAUCUCUCUCUGUACAUGAAUCUGUGAGGUUGAACUUUGGCUCCAGUCCCCUCAAGUACCCAAUAGAGGGUCACAGACCACUUCAGGAUCCUCCAAAUGCGCAGCUGCAACAAGCUUCUCUUCUCGUGAAAUAUCUGGAACGUCUUUUGACCGCGAAUACUGCCAAUACGCCACAACCUCAGCAGCAGAACGCGAAUACGGAAGGACAGUAUCAACCUACAAAAGACGCAAUCAGUCAGAGCAUCAAAAUAAUAGUGGCCAGUCAGAUAUUUGACAAACUAGCGCCUUUGUUCUACAGCGCCUACGUUACAGAAGCAGUGUUGCUGAAAAUGCUAUUAAAGUUCUGUAAUGCGAGCAGACACACGGGACUGCAGCCAUUUGUGGAUCGAAUUCUCCAGCUCAUGUGGACUUGUUUAGAAGAGGAAGACAUAAAAGUGUGCAUGAUGAAUCUAUUUUCCAUCAUUCUGAACAGCUACAGAUUCUCGCAAAUCACAGUCGAUUUGAAAAAUCAACUGACCUAUUUGGUGCUUCUGUUGUCAUUGCUGCGUCACGCGCCAACGAGACACUUAGCGUUGGAUUUCAUUCUAUGGGACAUUGUACAGUUUCCUCUUUUCAUGCACAUCAAACCCCCUGAUGAUCCGGUAUUGGAGCAACUGAUUCCUGAUGUCUGGUGGGACAAAACGGACAAGUCCAGCAAGGAGCAGAAGUAUAGCGCCGAUUUCACAAACUUGGGACCGGAGUUCGCUCCAAUCGAUUCUGCGACAAGUGAAGACGAAAGUGAAGCUCGAGAGAAGCAGGCAUAUUUGAGACACUGCUCAGCGUUGAAAACUAAAGUGGGCGAAAUCGAAGAGAUUCAAGUGGAGAUCUUGAAGCUUCUCAUGAGUGACUCAGAUGCCGGCGAGACGUCGUCGGGGAAAACCUCCCGUUCUGUUUUCGUGAUCAAGCUACGCGAGUUUCUCUACUCGUGUCAAAAGGGUCAGAAGUUUGCGCCAUCGCCCUGUCCACUUCCGGUGACGCUAUGUUUUAUGCACCGACUGACUAAGGCACUGAGGUUCUACUGGGACGCAUAUGCGAAUAAUAACCCCACAUGUGUGGGGUCGAAUGAAGCAUUUGUUCCAGUGUGGAUUUUCACGGCAAGCACAAAGAAGUCAAAGGAAAGCGAAGGUGAAGGCAAAUCUUCAAAUCAGAAAGUGAUGACGGAGCGACUUGGAGGAGUUCUGGCCCAUGUCAGAAAGACAGUUCAUGUGAGCGAAAGUCUGGCUCACUCCGAAAUUGCUCCGUCGCAUAACGAACUGCUGGAGAUUCUGGACUGUGCCAUCAUGCUGUACCAAUUGGCCUCUCACAAACAGCUCAUGAAAAUGUCCGAAUUGAGAGAGAAUUUCAGGGAAAUGUCGUGCGCAUUGAACGAAACGUGUCACAAAUUGCACAUGUGUGAGGUGGAAAACAGUGAGAUAGAAGUUAGAGAAGAACUUCUGAAUUCGAAAGAAGUGCUCAAGACGAAGGUAGUGGAGAAUUCACGCCAGUUGUCCUGGCUGAUUGCUGUCGUAUUUUCGAAAGAAAAGCAGGAAGACGUUCAUUGGUUGCUCAGAUGUUCCUUGGCGACUAUGAGAAAGGCAGGUUACCAUGGCAACGCCUAUUCCUAUUUGCCUGAAUAUUAUGUGGAUGUAGUGUUGGAUGCUUACAAAGCUUUGACAAGAUAUUUCUCCUUCGUCGCUCCUUUCGAAGGAUCCCAAAGAUACAUUUCGACCCUGAACGAGAUGGCUUUCUUCCUCGCGUACAACUUCUCGGAGGCUGGAGGAUCCUUUAUAGUGAACAGUGAUGUGAAGGACAGCAUCAUUCAGUCUCUGGCAUGCUUCGUAUGCUACCCGGAAUCUCUCAAGAGUCUCGAACAGAUGUCCUUGACGAUGAGGAAAUCCAUGAUCAGGACACUACUGUCGCCCUACGAGUCACGCUCAUGGCCCCAGAUCAACUGGAUCUUGGUGCGUUUAUGGAAGGGGUGUGGCUUCGGCUAUCGAUAUGCCUUCCCACCCCAUAUGAGUCCCGUUCGACUGAGACACUACACUCAAGACUACGACAGCGCAUCCUUUCAACGACCAUGCCCAUCUCCGGUGUUCCAACAACAUGUGGCCGAGCAGCUGACUCAAGAUGACGAAUCCAUGCAGCAGUUCAUAAACAGUGUAUUGAACCAACUCAACUGGGCUUUCUCAGAGUUCCUCACCCAACUCUCCGAGAUCCAGACAUCCCCUCUCUCCGCAUCUGCUGCCGCCUCAUCGGAGAGCUCCAAUGGGAUGAAUGAGAACAGGAGGAAGCACAAACUGGUGGCCACCUGUUUUGACCUCUCGGUUGGGCUGUUGAGGGUGAUCGAGUUGAUAGUUGCAGUGGCGCCGCAGCUAUUCACAGAUCCGAACAGACCCAACUCCGAAUUGCUCCUCAAGAGACUCAUGCAGCUACUUAGCCAGGUGUUCUGUCGCGUGACAUCUCAGACAGGUGCGUUCCAACAAGUUAUUCGCAAGAAGAAGUUCGGGUCUCUCGAUUCAGUUGACAACUACCCCAUUCUCACAGCCACUGCCGGAAUCCUCACCAGACUCGCCUUCCAGACGCCGGCCAAGGGGCGCGAAGUGGCUAUCAACGCCUUGUUUAACGAGGCUUCUUUCACUCUGGAGUCGCUGGAGUUUAUGGUGCCCAAAAGCGGAGGAGCUGCAGUAUGCGAGGGGGAAGAUCGAAUGGGAGGAGAGGUGUCCUCAAAUAAGUUUUCGUUUUGCAAUUAUGAAGAGAUAUCGGCAGAAGAGAUUGAGCAGAUUCAAAAGUUGGUUCACAUUCUAAAGACGGAGAAAGACUCGGCGGGCUCUGCGAUCUCCAUGAUUGGACGAAGAGUGAUCGCGGACGAAGAACUGUGUCCGAUCUGCUGUGCUUCUGAAAUCAGUGUAGCUUUUGAGCCCUGUGGCCACACGUCUUGUAAGUCCUGCAUCCAGCACCAAUUAAUGAACAGGAACGAGUGCUUCUUCUGCAAGCGACCAGUUGAGAAGUUCUCAAAGAUAGAAAAGGCAGCUGUAAUCGCCGCUAAUGAUAUGAGCAAGCCGCCGCCUCUUUCUCCUAGAGACACAGGAGGCUCAUCUACCUCUUAAAUAAACUGCAGGUGAUCAUAUUAGAGUAGGUGGUUUUGUAAGGGGCAACCUUUUUUUCCGGGAAAAUAAAUGGAAGUUGCUUGAAAACACGAUGCAGUUAGUAAUAGUCAUUAGAAAAUUGAUAUUUUAUAAUUAAUAUUUGUUCAGUACGGCGUGCGUACCCUACUCAAAUCAGACGUUGAAGUUCGAAUGAUUGUUGCUUAUUUGGUUUUUGCAUCUCCCAAUAGCUAUAUAUGUUUAACAUGCCACCUACUCAUAUUUAAUGCGAUUAGUUAUUUCGAUUGCUCAAAUGAAACUUGAUGAGGAUUGAUACAAAACAAAUGUAUUUUUGAAGAUUAUAAGGUCAUAACCUUUACUCUGCUUCGAAUUAACUUAGUUAUUCUUUUAAAUAUAAAUAAAA